GUUUUGCUGUAUGCAAGUUCGAGGAAUUAUGCUGGUGGUGAUGCGAUCGCGUACUUACAGUUCAUGCAAAGAUAUGAUAAAAAUAAACAUAUCUCACUUUAUAUCGACAACUUCGCUGCUCAAACGGGAGUGAGUCGUUUUCUUCAACUCUAUGACACAUGGGAGUAUAACAAAACUGAUCACCUAACGAAUGAGCAGUUGGCUCGUUUCGAUUUCCUACUGAUCGGCUCAUAUGAUGAUCGCGAUAUCGUCUCAACUGCCACUAAGAAUUUCUCGUCAACACAUCGAUUGUUGUUCCCAGUGAAUGCAUUCCAGUACGAACUUCUUCAUAUUUCAAAUUCAUCAUUGAAAUAA